AUGGCCUCAAAAUAUCUACAGAUGAUUGGAAGCUGUUCAAAGAAAUCAAGGACAACAGCAAGACGGCAUCUGAGGGAAGUCGGUCACAACCUUGGCGGCAAAACCUUUCCCUCGACCCAAUCAACGAUAACAAAAGUGUAUAAGACUUUCGCUUUGCGGUUAUCGCCUGUUAUUCAAAAGGUCAUUGUAAACACGCUGCUUAUUGGGGAGGUAUACGCAUCUAUACCCAGAUCUCUUACAUACUUUGCCAAGGUCGCCCGUCUUAUGGGAGCGCCAAGACGAUGCUGCAUUUUCGCUAUCCGCUAUCUGCUAGAAGCCUGUUAA